ACACACACACGCAGAGACCGCGACUCACUGAGAUUCACCUGAAUUUGUUCUCCAUCCGCGGACUUUCAUCCAAAACCUCCGCGCACGCUCCACUGGAGUUACUGCGCGUUCUCCUUCAUUAUAAUCAUCACUGUCAACAGCACUGCAUUUAUUUACAUUUUUAAAUAUACAUAUAUAUAUAUGUAUAUAUAUAUAUAAAACCAGAAACCUCACUCAGCACUUCUGGACCGGAGAUCUGGAGAUGAAGACAUAUUGUACGUGUUUCUGUCGGACUUGGAUUGGAAUAGCAUUUGCCACAGGUCUGGUGACUGGCUUUUCUAUGACUCCGCCCAUCCUCGACGGCUCCAGAGAAGAUCUAGUGAUUCCAGUCUACGAAACACUCACCAUCACAUGCAGGGGACAGCGCACUCUGGCCUGGGCCUGGCCUGACAGGACCCUAGCGGGAGUGGAGCUGACUGACCGUCAGACCCAGCUGUCAACGCCCAGGGACCCUGGGCAGACGGUCGUCUUAGUGAGCGAGUGUCCAGGACAGCAUGGGUUGCCGUACUGUAAGAGGCUGGUCCUGAACCGAGCGCAGGCCAAAGACACGGGCUACUAUCGAUGCUAUUACAAAGAUGUCAAAGCCAUCAUUGACGGCACCACUGCAGUCAGUGUUUAUGCCUUCAUCAGGGACCCAGAGCAGCCUUUCCUCAGGAGAGACAGCCACAGCAAGGGCCAUGGAAAUGCCCUGGAGACCAUCUUAAUCACUCGCUUCUCCACACACGUCAUAGUGCCAUGUCUGGUCACAGUGCCGGAUCUGAACGUCUCUCUCCACGCGUAUCCCACGCCUCUGGAGGGGAGCGGGAUGACAUGGGACAACAAGCGAGGCUGGUCCAUUCCCAGACAAAUCAUAGACAGUGUGCCGAUGCUCAUCGGAGUCUCGUGUGUUGCUACUCUUGGAGGCAAAGAGCAUCAAUCUGCCGACUACCUGAUCCACACUACAGGAAGUCAGGUUUACGAUGUCAAGCUGUUUCCUGAGGAGCCAGUGGAGCUGAUAGUCGGGGAGGCUCUCACCCUGAACUGCACAGCGGUGGUGGAGUUCAACGCCGGAGUGGACAUUCAAUGGUCUUACCCUGGCAAACAGACGAACAGUUGGGUGGACACCAAACCUCACCGUGAAGCUCUUUCUCAUGCCACAGAGGCUGUUAGUGUCCUGACCAUCCACAGUGUUAAUGUCACAGACUCCGGCCCAUACAUCUGCAACGUGACCAGCACCGACACGACACAAACCCAGCAGACUCAGGUCAUAGUUCACGAGAGACCAUUCAUCAGCCUGGACUACAGGUCUGGGCCAGUGGUGGAGGUAACCGCUGGCCAGAAGUCAUUCAAACUACGCGUAAACGUGUCCGCCUUCCCCACUCCUGAAACCCAAUGGUAUAAAGAUGGAAAGGUGAUAAACCAGCGCCCGGAGUUCAAAAUAAAAAGGAUGAGGAUGCACCUUAACCAUGUUUUGGAGAUCAAGGACGUUUGUCAGGAGGAUUCUGGACUUUACACGGUGGCGCUGAGAAAUAAUGCUGCCUCUCUGGAGAGGAGACUCAACAUCACGCUCGUUGUCAACGUGGCCCCACAGAUUCACGAGAAAGAAGUGGCAGAGCCGUCCAGUCCUUACCCCAGCGGCAGUAGCCAGAUUCUAACGUGCACUGCCUACGGUCUCCCUUCUCCCAACAUCAGCUGGCAGUGGAGGACGUGGGGCCCGUGUGUUCCCAACAACACCCAAAGCAGACAGGUUCGAGGAGACAGGAAAGCCCAUAGUGACAGGAUCGCCGACUGUCAGAACUGGCAGGACAUUAACUCGGAAAUCGCCAUGAAUGAAAUCGACGACGUUGAAACAGCUGUGGAAGUGGUGGACGGGCGACAAAAGAUAGUGAGCAGGCUUCAGAUCCGCAACGCCACCAUAUCCGUCAUGUACAAGUGUUCCGCUGAAAACAAGGUCGGCAAAGAUGAGCGGCUGAUUUACUUCUACGUAACCACCAUCCCUGAGGGCUUCAGUGUGGACGUCCGGCCCUCUGAGAAUCUCCUGGAGCAGGAGAAAGUGUCCCUGUGCUGCAGCGCUGACAAUUACACCUACGAGCAGCUGCGGUGGUAUCGCCUUGACCCGCAUGCCCUGAAGGACGAGCAAGGCAAACCGCGGGAGCUGGACUGCAGGAGCGUGCAUCGCUACGCCGACAUGCUUGACGGACAGCUCUCCUUCCAAGAGCCAUCUAACAGCUGGGUCCUUGACUUCACCAUCGCCUCGGUACAGCUCCAGGACGAGGGUCAUUAUGUGUGCGAAGCUCAGAGUCGACGCAUCGGGGAGAAACAGUGUCUGUUCAGAUACAUCUCAGUCAAAGCCCUGGAGGCGCCGCGGUACAAGCGCAGCCUCACCAACCAGACGGUGAACGUGACGGAGUCUCUGCGGAUGGAGUGCGACGUGGAAGGCAGACCUCUGCCCCACCUCUCCUGGUUCAAAGACAACCAUCCUCUCCACCAAAUGUCAGGGAUCCAGCUGCAGGAUUCAAACCGCACUCUCAGCAUCCAGCGGGUGCGUGAGGAGGACGCCGGGCUUUACACCUGCACAGCCUGCAACCAGCGUGGAUGUGUCCACUCCUCAGCUGCUGUGAAGGUCAUAGGUUCAAUCGACAAGGCCAACGUGGAGAUUGUGAUCCUCAUCGGGACUGGAGUCAUUGCCGUUUUCUUCUGGGCCAUGCUCAUCAUCAUUUUCUGCAACGUGAAACGGGUUAACCCUGCGGACAUAAAAACCGGCUAUCUGUCCAUCAUUAUGGACCCAGGGGAGGUGCCGCUGGACGAGCAGUGCGAAUACCUGCCCUACGACUCCUCACAGUGGGAGAUCUCCAGAGACAGACUGCGAUUGGGAAAAGUUUUAGGCCACGGUGCCUUCGGGAAAGUAAUUGAGGCAUCGAUCUACGGCAUCAGCAAGAGCAACAGUUUGGACACGGUUGCUGUCAAGAUGUUGAAGGACGGAGCCACAGCCAGUGAGCACAAAGCCUUGAUGUCAGAGCUGAAGAUACUGAUUCACAUCGGCAAUCACCUGAAUGUUGUCAACCUGUUGGGAGCCUGCACCAAACCAAACGGUCCGCUGAUGGUGAUUGUGGAAUACUGCAAGUACGGGAACCUUUCCAACUUCCUACGAGCCAAGAGAGAGUUCUUCCUCCCUUACAGGGAUCGCUCUCCGAAAACCCAGAGCCAGGUGAGACGGAUGAUUGAAGCGGGUCAAAUGGACCAAAAAGCUCGUCAACUGCCUUCGUCUUCUUCUCCCUCCUCUCCCUCCUCCACCUCCUCCUCUCCGACCACCUGUCCCCAGACUCCAUCAUCCAACACAAUUAAUCAAAAGCCUGAUGUGGAAAAAAUGGACGACCUGUGGAAAACUCCUCUGACCAUAGAAGAUCUCAUUUGCUACAGUUUCCAGGUGGCUCGAGGGAUGGACUUCCUGGCCUCCAGAAAGUGUAUCCACAGAGACCUGGCAGCCCGGAACAUUCUCCUGUCAGAGAACAACAUUGUGAAGAUCUGCGACUUUGGUCUGGCCCGAGACAUAUACAAAGACCCCGACUACGUCAGGAAAGGCAAUGCUCGUCUGCCUUUAAAGUGGAUGGCUCCAGAGAGUAUUUUUGACAAAGUGUACACCAGCCAGAGUGAUGUGUGGUCUUUUGGAGUUUUGCUCUGGGAAAUCUUUUCACUGGGUGCAUCUCCUUACCCUGGGGUACAGAUUGAUGAGGAUUUCUGCAAACGGUUAAAAGAUGGCGUCAGGAUGCGAGCGCCAGAAACUGCCUCCCCUGAAAUAUAUGGAAUCAUGCUGGCCUGCUGGCAGGGUGAACCCAAAGAGAGACCACCGUUCCCCGCUCUGGUGAAGAUCCUGGGAGACCUGCUGCAGGACAACAGUCUACCUGAUGGGAAGGACUACAUCCCUCUGAAUCGCUCACAGAGCUCAGAGGACGACGGUUUCUCACAGGCUUCAUCGCGGCCUCCGUCUGAGGAGCUGAGAGUGGCCUGCAACACGCUACCCACCAGGUAUUAUAACUGCGUGCCCUUUGCCGGCUGUGUCUUUGUGGGACCCACCAACGUAUGCCAGCCCAGAGUGAAGACAUUUGAGGAGUCGCCCCUGGAGAUGUUCCCACAUAAAGCUCCUCAGGACAACCAGACAGACAGCGGGAUGGUUCUGGCCUCUGAAGAAUUUGAGAGAAUUGAGCACCAGCACAGGGGCGCGGCCUUAAAAAGUCGAAUGGGCAGCAGCAGCAGCACAGAGCCUCUCACAGCCUCCCAUGGUUCUCUGGGUCAAAGCAGCGUCGGUGCCAUCAGCCCAUGGCACCGCCCCACCUUCUUCAGCCAGCUAUCAGGUCAGACCUUCUACAACAACGAGUACGGACAUCUGUCCGAGGAGGGCUUCUGCGACUUCUUCUCCUCGCCGGACGCUCCCUGCCUCGCCUCCUCCAACGUGUAAGCUCACCUGGAACGAGGCCUGGAAGAAGUGAAGGGGUUCAAAGCAGCUCAGCUGACGGGACAUGUGUAGGAUUUCACAACAUCCCAGUGAUGACAUGUAACUAGUCAUUUAUUAAUGAUCAGGUUAUUGAUCCUUAUGGCCGGAGCUGACCUCUACUCAUCUCAAAGUUCUUGUUUGUCUUCGACAGACAAAGCUGUGCGUGUGCUUGAUGUUUCUCUAACCAGCCACUGGGUGGCAGCAUGAUGACAAAAACACAUCCUCAGUAUUUUCUAUUCACACAUUUAUAUUUUUUAUCUUUUAAUAUACAGAGAAUUCAUAUGUUUGUUCAGAUUAUGACUCAUAAGGGAAAAAAAUAAAGACAUUUAUCGUC